UUGUAUCCCGCGCUUAUUCGAAGACACUAACCAAACCAGUAACAGUCUCUCUCUCUCUCUCUCUCGUGUUGAAUGUGGAAUCCGAUAAUCCUCUCCGAUGAAGAAGAAGAAAACCAAAAAACGCCACUCCCAUCUCUCCCUAAAAAACCCCGAACCCUACCCGAUCCGACCAUUCUAGUCCUCGACGUCGAUGACCCGACCCCACACAAAUCUCCCUCUUUCGUUCCCGAAACUCCAUUGUCCGAUGUCUCCAUCGUCAAAUGCACUUUCCCCCAUAUUAGGGUUCCCGAUUUUGAUUAUGAAACCCUCUCUGGAAAUGCUGGAUUGAUCUGUUUGGAAUCCGAAAAUGAUGAGCCGGAUAGUGCGAAAAACUGGAAGGAGAAGACGACUAUGGAUGCGGGUUAUGAUGAAGUGCAGGAGAGAAGAAGAUGGAGUACUUCUACCAACUUUGACUCAGUCGAUUGGCUUGUGGAUGCUAAUGUAAAUCAAAUGUCUGGGGUCAGUUCUUCGCAACCGAGUCUCUCACAAGAUGAUAUCUAUCAGAUAGGCGAUUGUCCUGAGAAAGAAAAUUUUAGCAUGGAGCAGAUGGCUUGCACCUUGAAAGAGAAAAGGAAAACUAAAGUUAACUCUGCCAGGGAAAAUAGUGCAGAUGAAGCAGUGGGAACGAAGAAUACAAAAAAGGAUGAAAGAAUUCGUUUAAUGGAAGAAAAGAAGCUAAAGAAAGAACAAGAGAAGUUGCAGAAAGCAGCUCUAAAGGCUCAAGCAGCAGAGUUGAAAAAAAUGGAGAAAGAAAUGCAAAAGUGGGAAAAAGGGAAGUUUGCUCUAAAUUCUAUUGUUGCUGAAUUUGACACUAGAGUAAUUGAGCAUGGCUCAGUGGGAGGACCUCUGCUUACCAGGUUUGCUGAGAAGGGCCUUACAUAUCGCGUAACAUCAAAUCCAAUUGAAAGAUCUAUUCUGUGGACCAUGAGUGCUCCAGAACAUAUUUCUCAGGUUUCUCGUGAAGGAACUGACAUUCAAUAUGUAGCCCUUGUAUAUGAAGCAGAAGAGUUCUGCAAUCUUGUUAUGAGUGAAUCUCUCCUGGAUCAUGUGUCUUCAGUUCGAAGCCGUUAUCCUUCUCAUACAAUUUGCUAUCUCACAAUUAGGCUGAUGGCUUAUGUCAAUAAAAGGGGAAAGGAGCAGUACAAGCAGCAGGAAAAUGAUGAUGGUUGGAGAUGUCCAUCUGUUGAAGAGGUGCUAGCAAAGUUAACCACACAUUUUGUUAGGGUACAUUAUAGGCUGUGCACAGAUGAAGCUGAGCUUGCUGAUCAUGUCUUUGGUUUGACACGCAGCUUGGCAUCUUGUCAAUUUAGAAAGAAGUUAACACAACUAUCCGUAAAUGCUAAUGGGUCCUUUAUCCCUAAAGACUUCAUUGACAGAAAUUUAAUAAAAAAGAGUCCAUGGUUAAAGGCUUUGGUAGCUAUUCCAAAGGUGCAGCCACGGUUUGCUAUUGCUAUAUGGAAGAAGUACCCUACCAUGAAGUCUCUUUUGAGUGUAUACAUGGACCCUAACAAAUCAGUGCACGAAAAGGAAUUUCUGCUUGAGAAUCUGACCACUGAGGGUUUCAUUGGUGGUGAAAGAAGAGUGGGUCAGAUUUGUUCAAAGCGAGUUUACAGGAUACUUAUGGCUCAAAGUGGAAACAUCAUAACUGAUAACGUUGAAGAUGGUGCUGACUUUUUCAGAGACCACUCAUCUUAAACAACUCCCUGCUGUUAUUCUCGGGGAUCAAGAGUAGAGGUUUCUAUAAAUCAUUUAUAAUUUUUUUCAGUCAUUCUUUCUUUAUGAGGACAAUUGAUCUGUUAACUUCACUUAGGAAAAUGACCUUCUUGUGGAAGUUCUAGUUGGAAUACACUCCCUCAAGUGGCAUUUUUCAUGUGUCAUGAUCAGUCAGGCCUGUUGACAAACAGAGCAAAUGAAAUCCAUCACCAGUGAAGGUGGGGAGAUUUGAGAUAGUUCUGUCUUGUUCUUGUCAGCAAGUUCUCAGACAUCUUUCAACGCAUCUGAAGGAUGAGGCCACCUCACGGGUAUUCUCUGUAGCUUUGCACUCGGGAUAACCACUCUUUAGUGCGCGCUUAUACUGGUAGAGUGUGAAUAUAGACACCAAUCACUAUUGCUAAGAUCAGCUAUAUCAGAAAUAGGUUUGCACUUCUUCCCAAGUUUCAACAGGUUACUUGGUCCUUAAUAAUCAUUCUGGAUUGUGAUGUCUCGUCAUCGUCCUGUCCUGGAGCCUACUGAUAGAUGACUACUGAAGUUCUCUUUGAUUUGUGUUUUGAGGUGGGGUGUUUAGUUUUAACUUUCAAUUGGUUGCUUGAUCAAUGGUUUCGAUCAGGUUGGUGAUGAGGGUUGGCCAAGUGCGUUAAGCCUGUUUGGGAUAUGAACUCCAUUAUUUAUUCAGGUUCCAAAUUUGAUCUCAA